CACAGUGUUUCCUAACCUCUCCACCAUGGAUUUGAAACAUCUUUGACUGUAUGUAACUGCUUCCCUGAAAGAUUCUGGUAGAACCUCCAGAGAGGUCUUCAUCAAGUACAGCUUUGUUAACCUCAAAGGACAUGUUCGGGGCAAAAGGUGCACAUUCCUCCACCACACGUUUCUAGAGCUCCUAAAUCACAGUAGGUGGGAUAUGAAUGUCUGGAAACCAGCUCCUGCCUCGGAUGGUUGCAGAUUCAUAACAAAACCCUAUUAAUCCUCAUGUUUCAGUCACAGAGAUCCAACUUUGGUCACAAAGUGUGAAAAUAAAAGAAGAGAACAAGAAUACAUGUGGACAAGGAAUGUCAGUCAGCUUUGAGGAAAACCAUCUUGACAGAGAGAUAACUCAACUUCAGGCUUCAAACCAGCUUUGAGCAGAUCAACCUGAAAAGCUCUGAAUCUCAUUAUACUCUCAAUAGUCAAUGCUCAUGAGCUUACGAAAGAAUGGCUUCUAGGUACUUACUGCAUCCCAACACUCUUUUAAAUGAACUUAACUACUUAACUACUUAACCAAACCAACGCUAGUUUUUAACCAAUUUAAAUAAACUUAACCAAAAGAUUUUAGCUUACAGAACACACUUUUGGUUCAGAUAGUCACUGUCUGAUGCUUAUUAUAUUAAAUGCUAGUAUUAAGAUUUUGAUUGGUUCCUAUUUGUCUACUGCUUCCCUCUUCAUUCACUCACCCUCUGUCUCUCUCAUUCUCUUCCUCUGCCUUUUAAAGUUAAAAAUCGAUACUUUGAGCUCCCCCUGUUACUAGUUUAGGGUUUCUUGGUCGACGUGAUGAGUCAUCGCAGGGAUUCCACCACCGAUGCAGUCCACGUCAUACCCACCAACGACCCUCCCCCGGAGAAUCCGUUUCCCAGUCCCGUAUGGGCCUCCACUGAGGAUGAUUACAGCCGUGUCUCUGCGGCCAACAACGACGAAACAGAGUCUCCGUGCAAGAAAACACGCGGCUCUCCCUCUUCCUCCUCCUCCUCGGAGAUCGGGAAAGCCUUCUUCAAGACCAAGCUCUGCUGCAACUUCCGCGCAGGAAGCUGUCCGUACGUCGCGAGCACUUGCCAUUUCGCUCACAGCGCGGAGGAGCUCCGCCGUCCGACGGCGGGGGAGAGUGUGAGACCGUACAAGGGAAGGCAUUGCAAGAAGUUUAACAGCGGAGAAGGGUGUCCUUACGGAGAAAGCUGUACGUUUCUACACGACGAGGCUUCGAGAAACAGAGAGGGCUUCGCCGUUAGUUUAGGCCAUCGUGGUGGAGGCAAUGUUGUUGCUGCUGCUUCUCCGAAUUGGAAGACAAGGAUGUGCAACAAGUGGGAGAUGAGUGGGUAUUGUCCUUUCGGUACUAACUGCCGUUUUGCUCAUGGAGCUUCAGAGUUGCAUAGAUUUGGUGGGGGACUUGUGGAAGAAGAAGAAGGUAAGAUCGGAACAUCUUCCACUCUUGACACAAAGAAGACAGGACAAGCUAGUCUUGCUUCUCCUGGAGUCAGAACAUCUAAUGCCGUUACUCAGAAACCCAACGGAGUCAGGGUUGUAAGGAAAUGGAAAGGACCGGAUAGAAUCAGCCGGGUUUAUGGUGAUUGGAUCGACGAUAUUGAAUAAAGUCUCUGCCUUUUAUUACAGUCUGAUGACAAAGAUCUUUUUUAGAGUUCUAACUAUGUGAGAUGUAUUAGCUUGUUGUAAGACAGAGCUCAUCUUUUUUUGUUGUUGUAUCAUCUGAUUCUAUUAUGCCAAAUCCUAAUUCAGACCAAACCGAAGUAAACCGGGGCUAUCAUUGUUUGUUAC